GACUUUUCAAGAAAGAACUACCACCACCUGUCCUGCAAGUGGGGCUGUGGCGAUCCAAACAUGGCAGGCAUGGGAGAUCCAAAGAUGGGCGACUGCACCCAGUUUUCAAAGCUGCUGUGUGAUCUGGAGCCGCCAGAAGCCCUCCCCAGCUUGGAUGAAUGUGACCGGUACCAGCCCAGCAGCCGGGAGAGUUGGCUGACUUGCCAGGUAUGCCGCAACAACUGCCUGGUGGCCAUUGCAAGAGAUGAACUGUGUCGUCAGCUGAGCUUGACCGUGCUUAGAGUGGCACGCCCCAGACAGGCUGUGGUUUUGGUCCAGUGCAUCGGCGACCAUUUGCACUACGUCAACUACCUACGUAUCCUCUUACCAAUGCCUGUGCAGCUUGUCAUGUCACCCACUCACCAAAAUUUUGAUGGUGUUUCAUUAAUGGAACCACACACAAUGUGGACCUUGCUUGCAAGGGGUGGAUUAUCCCACGAGGACCUGGAUGUGGUGAUUCUGCGAGACUUCCAACACUAUCUGGAGGUUGACCACCCUUACCGUAAGAUCAUCCAGUCUUUUCAAAACAGGCAGACUCGCCUGCUCGCUAUUGUCGAUGCACUUCAGAUAUCUAGCUUAGGAGGCCUUGAAACUGACCUCUGCUUUCUGAGGACUCCACUCAGACUGAAGUGUUGCCUCGGUUGCCCAGAGAGACCAUAUGCCAAGGAUCUUACCGUAAAUGUCAUUCUGUUGGAUGCCGAUUGGUUGCCGCUUACUGGUGAACAACAAACAACAUCCGAUGAUGCAGACAUUCAGCAACUCAAAGAAACUGUCCGAACUAAAGGUAUCGUUGCUGCCAGAAGUGAGGCAGAACAGAUGCUUGACAGUCAGUCCAUUAAACAGAUGCAAGAAUUCCUUGACCACAGCCAGCAGGAACUGCUGCAACUACGAGCAAGCGCACUGCUGGAUCAUAGAGAAGGGUCUACAUUGGCUCUGACAGCAACGCUAUUGGCACACCACGAACUGUCCGACUACAUUCAAGAGAAAGCCACUGAAACCCUGCUUCAAAGCCCCGAAGAGACAACACUAAAAUCUGGUGUUCUUGUGGCUACAUAUUCCGACUUUCCAACACUUCAAACAUACUCAUGGGACACAGUCGUCUUGUAUGACCUGCCAUAUGGAUUUUGCUGCGAUUCCAUCUUAAGGAAGGCACGUCAGCGACUGGUGCUUUGUACGGAACCACAGUGGAAGACAUGGCAGACUGCUUUAAAAUUGCACGACGAUCUGGAACUGCUAGCCGAACGUGUAAACCAGCAAUCAUCGAACUGUGCGAGACCAUGAACCAAUUUGCAAAUAGGAAAGCGUAUCCAUAGGUGCUAAGUGGUGUGAUGCAACGUAAAUUGUGCAUGGGCAGUUUGAGCAAAUUUGUAAUAUUGACUGUGAGGGACUAAGGCUGGCAGUUUUUGUUUUAAAGCAUUGCAAGACUUUGUGCUGAAAAUAUUUCUCAUUUAAGUUUUAACUACUAUAAUUGUAUGUACUAUGAACAUUUUUAA